UUGAGAGCGACACGAUCGAUCAACGAGACCGUAGUUCAUCUCGAUCAAGACCCUGCAGCAAGGUGCUCUAUAAUCGAAUAUGUUGCCAUCCUUUGUGAGAAGGGGAAAAGUGGAGUAAAAUAAUGUUACUGGAAUGGUUUAAGAUGCCGGGACAGCAGAAAAGAGUAGAGUCUUUCGAAGCUGAGAGAAUCAACUUGCCAAGUACUGUGGAAUACUGAUAUGAUAACGACUGCUGCUCCCCUUUGGCCGGCCGGGCAUGAAGAAACAAGAACUCAUUGCUGUGUUACCUGCUCUCUAGCUGCGGGAAGACGAGUUCACAAGCACGACAGUGGCUGGGCGUGGCUGGUGGGUGUGUGUGGCUGUCUUUGUAACGUGUUUACUCUGGGUUGUUCGUAUAGUUUUGGUGUCAUAUACCCGUCACUUUUGGACGAGUUCAAGCGAGGCAAAGCUCAAACAGCGUGGAUUGGCUCCCUUUGCAUGUCCUUUACCUUCUUCUUCGGCCCACUGGCGGGAAAACUCUGCGAUCGUUUUGGCCCCAGAGCUGUCACAAUCAUUGGUGCCUUGGUGUCUGUGAUCGGACUUGUUGCGACUUCCCAGGCUCGGAAUAUAUUCGUGAUAUACUUGACAUACAGCACCAUAUUUGCUUUUGGAGGUUGUUGUAUCUACACCAGCGUAUUUGUCAUUGUGCCCAAGUAUUUUUUGAAAUACCGUUCAUUAGCAACUGGAAUGAUUGCGGCGGGGCCUGGAGCCGGCACAUUCGUAAUGAGCCCUAUUUUAGCACGCUCUAUAGAGGAGCUUGGAUGGCGUGGGACAUUUUUCGUAAUGGCUGGUAUCAUCGCAUCUGUUUGUCUCCUUGGUUGUGCAUUUGAUCCCAACGCUCCGACGAAUCCUGCCGAACGAGACGUACAUCGUGAGUUUGAGCAAGGCGACAAGAAAAAAAAACAUUUGUCACGUAAUCCUUCAUAUUUGCUAUUGGUUUUCGUUACAACUAUUGUGAUAUUAGGAAAUUCAGUUCCUCAAGUCCAUAUGGCUCGCUUCUGUGAAGAGAAAGGCAUUAGUCUACAAGUUGCCUCGACGCUCUACCUAGUGCUUGGACUGUGCUCAGUUUUCGCCAGAAUUUUAGUCGGUCGCAUAUGUGAUUAUAAAUUCGUUGAUCAGCGAUUUGUCUACCAAGGAUGCCUGUUUGUUCUUGGUUUUUCAACUCUACUCUGUCCAUUGGCAAAUAGCUUCCCGACUGUGCUCGUUUAUUUCAUAGCAUUUGGUUUGUUUGACGGUGGGCAAUCGACUGUGGCAAAUGUGUUGGUGUUAACCUCUGUACAAGAACGACAGAAGGCUCGUGCUUUUGGAUUGUGGCUGUUUUGUCUGUCAAUCAUAAUGGCUUGUGGACCGCCCCUUGCAGGUUACAUUGCGGACUCCACGGGUUCAUACGCGCCUGCAUUCUAUUUGGCAGGCGGUAGCAUCAUAACUGGUGCCAGCGCUUUCUUCGUAAUGUACUUCCUAAAAAGAAACGCGGAGGAGAUGGAAUUGCAAACCGAGCUUGUUGUAAUAGAAAAAGUUACAGUUGUGUGACAUGUAAGGUUUUUACAAAAAAAAUAGUUGCUGCACUGACUGAGGGCUAAUUUCUUGCCAAAUGGCAGUGAACUUAUCAACCCUCUUUCCGUUGAGUUAUAGUUCAUUAUGGUUACACUAUAGUACGUUCACUAUAUCACACAACGCUCUUCCUUAGGGAAGAGCGUUGUGUGAUAUCCCAAACAACGGCUGGUAAUGAGACUAUGGCCAGCCCAAAGUUUUAAAAGUAGACUUGUGAUAAACAGUGAUAAAGAAGGCUACAUAUCCAUUCCCUUUCUGACGGAAAGGAGCGCGCGCUCUCAUCCCGAUCAGCUGGUGGUAAUCGAGCCCAGAGGUGAAGAUCAGUGAGACCUUACCUCGUCUUUGUCAAGACGCUGGAGCAGAGUGCGCAGAAAUCGAUUAUGUUACCAUCUUUUUAUAAGGAGGGAAAAGUAGUGUAAACUAUCGUUAUUGAAAUGAUCUAAGAUGCUGGGACAGCAGAAAAGACGAGGGCCUUUCGAAGCUGAGAUAAUCCACUUGGUAAGUUAGUCAUCCGCCAUACAAUUUUACUCUCACUUCUCUUUAGAGUGAGGGAUGAUUCUUUUAAAGAGAAAGGUUUUUUUCGGUACAGUUUGAAAUUACAACUGGCUUCUCUGUAAUGGGAAAGAGUGCAUGGUAUAAGCGAUGUGAUGAACCUGUCGAUUAUUGGCUGCCAGUGAAGCGAAAAUUAACUUCUGCUUACUCUAUACCUUCAGGGAAUGAUUUAACUGAUUUUGAGGAAAGUGGCGCCAUGUUUUCUUGUGAUAAGAAUUCGGUCUAUAUGAGGAUGGAGUUCGUAACCCACCUGGGCAUAGUUUUUUAUCGCCGGGUUUUUUUUGCCUUUAAAGAUGCCGAAAAUUGCGAUGUUUCAUCAUGUUCUGCACUAAAUGCAAAUUAGGGUCGAAUACUGACAUGGCUAACUUUUCUUGCUCCGAAACAAAAACAUCCAAUUGAAAAGAAAAGUGAUUUAGCUCCACAUCUGGAGGUUAGACACGUUCUUGAGUGGACUAAUUGCUUCAAAAUUUAACACGUUUUAAUUACAGACAUCUGUUACUGUU